GACACGGUGGCUGUAGAAGAAGCCGAUGAUCUCCCAGCACCCCCGGCUCAGAAGGAGGUGCUGCUAGGACAGGAAGAGGAGGAAGAGAAGAAGGAGGGAGCAAAAAAUGAAGAUAUGGAGGUUCAGGAAGGUGCAAGGACACACGCAGAUUUGGAUCCAGUGCAGAGACUUUUCUUGGAGAAGAUCAGAGAGUACGACAACAUGAGCAGGCUGAGUGGAGAACCAGUGGAGAUGGACCCAGAUUAUGAGAAGUCCCUCUCAGAGGAGACAGCUAAACUCCAGAGACUUUAUGGAGGAGGAGACUUGAACAGCUUCCCUGAGUUCACCUUCACUGAGCCCACGUUGGAUCAGGACUCCAAUGAUCCUCCUGCUGCUGCUCUUCCUCUGACUUUCUCCUCCGUCCUCGUUUCAGUUCUUCAUCCACUGAAGAACAGAGAAAACGAGAGAGGAGGAAGCAUAUCAAGUGUGUUGUGUUUUUUUUUUUUUUUGGCUUAAUUGUUGUUAGAAUAAGAGAGAGUGUAUUU